AUGAUCUAUCAAAUAUCACUUCUAUUUGCAUACAAGAAUAAAGUGAUAAUUAGAAGUAAAACUAAAAAUAUUUUCAGUGAGAAUGGAGUUCCUGUAAAAUUUGUUACAGAAUUGUUAGACUAUGAAGAAAAUAAAUUGUGGGUGGCCAGCAUAGCAGACUCUCCAAAAUUCCCACCUUGUCGCAUAACUUUGACAUUUCCUGUGAUAAACAAUGCUCACAAUGUAAUUUUUAUUGCAUUAGGUGGAAGUAAAGCAAAAAUUAUAAAGGAAAUAUUUAGAGAAGAUUCUUCUAAUCCUCUCCCAGCUGCUAGAAUUUCUCCAUCUCAUGGCCAGUUGUAUUGGUUGAUGGACAAUGCAGCUGCCAGUGAAAUCAAUAAGACAGAAUAAUAAUUAUUGGAAAUACUUUAAAAUCAAAGAAAUAAGUCAGUAUAUAAAAAGAUUCUAUAUCAUUGUUUUUAUUACUUGAAAAAUGUUAAGUUACGAUAUGCAGAACUGGUUUUUAUACAAUAAAUGAAUAUAAAUUUAUUUUUAAGAAGCUGUAAGUAAAAGUUUUGU